GAAUCUCCUCCGAAUAUAUCCACUAUUACUGGAACUGAUAUACACUUACGUUGCAAUAAGAAGAGCCACAUAAACAAAGAGUUAUUGACCCGCGAAAUCGAUUUACCAAUUGAAGCUUCCCAUGAUUUGACUUUCCCUGAUGCUCGUUUAUGGGAAAGGGUUUCUAAAGUGCGAAGCACCUGGAAUUCCAUUCUUUUAUGACAAAAGAAAAUCCUUCUUCACUAAAACAAAGAGGGGCUUUCACAGUUUACCUUUGGGCACUGUGGAUCGUGUUUAUUUCAACAAAAAUCUUAGGUACUCAAGCAAUUCAAUAGAAGUUGUGGAGAAAGCUGCCAUUGAUAUGGGUUCAAAGGAAGACAAGGCAGAUAAUCCAGCUUUAUCUUCAUAUGAUGAUGCCAUGGAAGCGCUGUCGACUCUUAUUUCUCGUCGAAACCGUGGGGACCGCACACCUACUAGAGGAAAUCGUGACAAGCUUGAACAAGUCAUCACAUAUCUCAAGAUUUUGGGCCUGGAGGACAAAAUAAAAGAACUAAAAGUUAUUCAUGUCGCAGGAACAAAAGGAAAGGGUUCAACAUGUGUCUUCUCUGAGGCAAUUUUACGUAAUUGUGGGUUUCGAACCGGAAUGUUUACAUCUCCUCACCUGAUUGAUGUGAGGGAAAGAUUCCGAAUAGAUGGCUUGGAUAUAUCUGAGGAAAAGUUUCUACAGUAUUUCUGGGAAUGUUGGAAGUUACUGAAGGAGAAAGCUGUAGAUGGUCUUACCAUGCCUCCUCUUUUUCAGUUUCUCACAGUAUUGGCAUUUAAGAUUUUUGUUUGUGAAAAGGUUGAUGUUGCUGUCAUUGAAGUUGGACUUGGGGGAAAACUUGACUCGACAAAUGUGAUUCAAAAACCUGUUGUCUGCGGCAUAGCUUCUCUUGGGAUGGAUCAUAUGGAUAUAUUGGGAAAUACGCUGGCUGAUAUUGCAUUUCAUAAGGCUGGGAUUUUUAAGCCUCAAAUCCCCGCCUUCACAGUACCACAACUCUCUGAAGCAAUGGAGGUUCUUCAGAAAACAGCUAAUAAUCUUGAGGUUCCUCUGGAAGUAGUACCGCCUCUUGAUCUUAAAAAGUUGGAUGGAGUUGCGCUUGGCUUGUCUGGUGAUCAUCAGCUUGUAAAUGCAGGUCUUGCUGUUUCUCUUUCAAGAUGCUGGCUUCAAAAAACUGGAAAUUGGGAGAAGAUGUUUCCAAAUGGAAGCAAGGAAACUGAGAUCCCCGUGGCAUUUUGUCGCGGUCUUGCAACGGCACGUCUUCAUGGGAGAGCUCAAGUUGUCCAUGAUGUAGUUUCAGAUCCGCAGGACUCGUCAGGUUCGAUGGAAACUCCAUGCGGUGAUCUGAUCUUUUACUUGGAUGGUGCUCACAGUCCAGAGAGCAUGGAGGCUUGUGGUCGAUGGUUCUCUUCAGCAGUCGGAGGAAACAAAAGCUUAUCCACUGCUGUCAAUGGUUACAGGAGACAUGGGGAGUAUGGUAGAGACUUUAACAGAGUCUCCAAACAGAUUCUUCUGUUCAACUGCAUGGAAGUGAGAGACCCUCAAGUCUUACUUCCAAAGCUGGUCACCACUUGCGCUUCCUCGGGCACUCAUUUCUCAAAAGCGCUUUUUGUCCCGAGCAUGUCUACGUACAACAAGGUUAUUUCGGGUGCAUCAGCGAUUCCUUCGGAUACUCGUAGAAAGGAUUUGACUUGGCAAUUCAGACUACAAAGACUAUGGGAGAAAUCAAUCCAAGGAACAGAUGCUGCGCUUGACCAUACACUGAAGCUCGAUGGAAUAACAGUACCACCUCAUGAUUUCCUGUGUGGAGAUGCACCUCAAUGUGGUGGAGCUGCAGGGACACAAGUCACUUCCAGCGCCGUAAUGCCUUCACUACCAUUAACUAUAAACUGGCUACGGGACUGCGUACGCCGAAAUCCUUCACUGAAACUAGAGGUUUUGGUCACAGGAUCGCUACAUCUAGUUGGAGACGUGCUCAGAGCUCGAGUUGGUGAUGGAGCCGUAGGAUGGGAACUAAGCAUACCGACGACGACGGCGAGGACGGUGGGGAAUCUUCGGGUGCGGGAAGGAUCACCGUUCAAGAUUGCAAUCUUUGCAGACCUCCACUUCGGUGAAGACACGUGGACUGAUUGGGGUCCUCGUCAAGAUGUGAACUCCGUUAACGUUAUGUCCGCCGUUCUCGACGCUGAAACUCCAGAUUUUGUGGUCUACUUGGGAGAUGUAGUAACGGCUAACAACAUAGCAAUCCAAAACGCAAGCUUGUUUUGGGACAAAGCAAUCUCUCCUACAAGAGACAGAGGCAUUCCAUGGGCUACUCUCUUUGGUAACCACGACGAUGCUUCUUUUCUUUGGCCUUUGGAUUGGUUCUCUUCCUCCGGUAUUCCUCCCGUUCGCUGCCCUGCUGCAUCGGAUGAUGAUGGAUGCGCGUUUAGAGGAACUACGCGAGUGGAAUUGAUUCGAGAAGAGAUAAAGUCAUCCAAUGCACUCUCAUACUCUAUGAUUGGUCCUAAGGAGCUAUGGCCAAGCGUAUCUAACUAUUACCUUCUUGUUGAAUCAUCGGAUCAUUCAAAACCACCCGUGGCAUUGCUUUAUUUUCUUGAUUCGGGCGGUGGUUCAUACCCGGAGGUUAUCUCAAAUGCUCAAGUGGAAUGGUUUAAAACCAUGUCUAAUACUCUUAACCCCGAUUUAAGGAUCCCAGAGUUGAUAUUUUGGCACAUACCUAGUAAAGCAUACAAGAAAGUAGCUCCAAGGCUAUGGAUAACAAAACCUUGCGUUGGAUCAAUCAACAAAGAGAAAGUUGCUGCUCAAGAAGCUGAAAAUGGGAUGAUGAAAGUUCUUGAGAACAGAUCCUCAGUGAAGGCAGUGUUUGUAGGACACAACCAUGGACUAGACUGGUGCUGUCCGUACAAAGAUAAACUCUGGCUUUGCUUUGCGAGACACACAGGUUAUGGUGGAUAUGGAAAUUGGCCAAGAGGAUCAAGGAAUUUGGAGAUUUCUGAAAUGCCCUUUCGUAUUAAGACCUGGAUUAGGAUGGAAGAUGGAUCUGUCCACAGUGAAGUUAAUCUAACAUAUGAUUAGUCUAUUUAUUACAUAUGUCAAAACUUUGUAGAAGUGAUAUUGCCUAGUAAUUGUUGGUAGGUUUGGUCAUUGUUAACUUGUUAAGUGACUAGAAAAACCGAUUUUAAUAAGCCAAUGUAUGAACU